AUCCUUGGCCACUAUUUGCAGUUUCGCUGUAGACGGCUGUGAGUGUCUUGCACGUGUGAGUUUGGUAAACUCGCGGUCAUGACGGCGCGCUCGUUUUCCCAGGAGCUCGAGGACUUAUUAAAUCCACAACCCAAGUUCGCGGAUCCGGAGGAUGAUGCGGACGAGGCGACGAAAGCCCGAGUGGUAGAGAGAUUCAGGGAGGAGGAGGAGGACGAGGGUCCGAUCCAGGCCCAGGUCGGGGCCCUGCGGAAACGGAAUGCCUCCCUGCUGUGGGACACAGACAAACGAUAUGUGGGGAAACCAGUGUCCCGUAAACAGCUGCUAAUGGACAUUGAAGGAUCUGAUGAAGAGGAGGAGGAGGAGGAAAAAGCAGUAGAAGACGAAGAAGGUGAUUCUGUAGAUGAGGAAGCUGAUGGAGUAGAAGAAGAAGAAGAUUCAGUAGAGGAUGAGGAGGUUGAUGAAGAGGAGUUUUUAGACACUAAAUCCAAACCAACUUCUAAAAGCUCUGACUUCACCUUUUCUAAAGACAUGGACUUCACCGAAACGACGGAAGGCAUGGACGACCUGGGAGUGAGUGAUGAUGAGGAUGGUACUGGGGAGGAGUCUGAAGGCAGCCAUGAUGAGGACCAAAGUUCUGACAUGGAAGACGAGCCGGAUGAGAGCACCAUCCGUACGUUCUCUCAGGACAAAGUGGACGAGGAGGUGGAGAAAGGCCGGGCUGUGAAGAACCAGCUGGCCUUGUGGGACCAGCUGCUCGAGGGUCGGAUCAGACUCCAGAAGGUUCUGGUGACGGCCAACCAGCUGCCGCAGCCGCCGACGUUCCCCGAGUUCAGGAGGAAGGGCGGAGCAGAGUUCUUCGGGGCGCUGAAAACCAGCCGCAAGGCCUUAAAGGCCCUUCAGAGGUCCCUGCUGGAGCUCCAGGACCAGCUGCUGCACCAGAACCCAGACACCAGGACCAUUGCUGCAGAGGAGGGUGGAAACGAGGAUGAGAGGGAGGUCGAUAGUGACGAAGAGCGGCCGGCGAAGGAGGCUGGAGCACCUAAAAGAAAGCUGGACAUGGCAGAGUACCCAGACUUCAUGGCAAAGCGUUUUGCGGCGUUCAAGCCGUACCGUGACGCCACGCUGCAGCGGUGGCACGACAAAACGCGGCUGACGCUGGGCAAGAGCAGCCGAGGCUUCGGCGCCUUCGACAGGAGCAUCCUCACCCAGGUGGAGCAGGUGCUGAUGGACGAGGAGAGGCUGCUGCGACGCACGCAGACCCGGCGCUCCGAGUACACCGUCCUGGGGAAAAGAGAGGUCCCCGAGGACGUCCCUGAGGACGUCCCCGCUGACGGCGAGCCGCAGCUCAAAGCUAACCCUCACCUGAAGAACGUGGACGAGGACAUAUUCGAUGACGACGACUUCUACCACCAGCUCCUGAGAGAGCUGAUAGAGCGCAGGACGAGCGUCGCCGACCCCAACGACCAGGUGGCCAUGGGCAGGCAGUGGCUCGCCAUCCAGAAGCUGCGCAGCAAGAUCAAGAAGAAGGUGGACACCAAGGCCAGCAAGGGACGCAAGAUCCGCUUCCACGUCCACAACAAGCUGCUCAACUUCAUGGCCCCCAUGGAGCACAGCUCGAUGAGCGACGAGGCCUGCAGCGAGCUGUACCGCGGCCUGUUCGGUCACAACCCCUCCGUCAGGAACUGACGUGCUCACAUGUCCAGACAGUCUUGUUCUUAUAAACUGUUAGCAAAAUAUUUAAGUAAAAAAAAAAAAUGUAAUCGUUGGAUGUGCAUCUUUUUAUGUUCUCCUAAUUCAAGAUGGCCCCCCAGAUAAUCAGCCUUAGAAUGUUUAUAACUCGUCAGAUUUACAGACAGUGAGCUACAAGUUGGCGUGGUAGUAGCUGAGGAUCAUCCCCCGAGUGCCAACAGGCAGCUUUGUUACAAGAACCUUCAGGAGUGUCAAACUGUUGCACGAAUGGACCAACGUUUAAAACUUUCCAAGUCAUGGGCCAGUUGUCGAUGUAUGAACCCAGUCAGGUACCAGACAUCCAUGAAAUUAGUCCCAUUUGAAGUUUUGUUGCACCUCCGCAUCAAAAUCGAAUAUUUCAGAAAGAUCCAACAUUUUUUCUGCUAUCAAAGUUAGCCGUCAUGAGAAACUUACAUCAAAUUAUUUUUUAUUAGCAAAAUUAGAAUAAUAAACACAUUUUUCAUUUAUAUUAUAAUCUUGGGGGGCCUUAAAAGAUGUUAACAAGGACCAGAUUUGGCCCACGGGCCUUGAGUUGGACACGAGU